CUCUGCCUCUGCCUCUCUCUUUCUGUAAUUUCUGCAACAUUCCCGCAUCGUCGACUGGGGAGAUUCACCCACCAUCGCUCGCUUCUUCUUCUUCUUCUUCUUCUUCUUCCUCCUCCUCCUCCUACUCUCGCCGCCAAAUACCUUCCUCUCCCCUCUCACUCUCCCCGCACUGCCAACAACGUGCCGACAUGCCUUGCUCCCUCUUCUUCCUCAAGUGACGAACGCACUUCCCUCCCUCUCUCUCUCUCUCUCUCUCUCUCCACCACCGACCGACUCUCCCCUCCUCUGUAUAACGAACACCCACCCACCAUCUCUUUCUCUCCUUCCCUCCCUCCCUCCCCUCCGCAUCUACCGCGCCGUGUCCCCCCCCCGUCGUCUUCCGGCCCCUCCCCGCCAUGGCGGGCUCGCCUCCAGAUCAGCCCGUCUACCUCCACGGCGACCUCGACCUCCGCAUCGUCUCCGCCUCCAACCUCCCCAACAUGGACAUCGUCUCCGAGCGCCUCCGCCUCUGCUUCUCCGCCUGCGCCUCCCCCUCCGCCGACGGCCCUCACCCACCACGCCGCGGCGGCGGCGGCGGGGGGAAGAUCAUCACCUCCGACCCCUACGUCACCGUCAGCGUCCCCCAGGCCACCGUCGCCCGCACCCGCGUCCUCCGCAACUCGCAGAACCCCAGGUGGGACCAGGGGUUCCGCGUCGCCCUGGCGCACCCCGUCGUCGACUUGGAGUUCCGGGUGAAGGACGACGACGUCUUCGGCGCGCAGGUGAUCGGCAUUGUCAAGAUCCCGGCGCGGGACAUCGCGGCUGGCGAGGUCAUCUCCCGUUCGUUCCCGCUGAGUGGGCCCGCGGUGAAGCCGGAUUCCGCCCUCCAGCUCGAGCUGAAGUUCACGCCCGUGGAGAAGAACCCGGUGUACCGGUUCGGCAUUGCCGGCGAUCCGGAGCAUCAGGGAGUGAGGCAGACUUAUUUCCCCUUGAGAAAAGGGAGUGGCGUCACGCUGUAUCAGGACGCCCAUGGGGUCGAUGGGUUGUUGCCCAAUAUCGAGUUGGAUAGCGACGCCGGAGGCGUUUAUAGGCACGGGAAGUGUUGGGAGGAUAUCUGUCACGCCAUAACCGAGGCUCACCAUUUGAUAUACAUCGUUGGGUGGUCGGUUUUUCAUAAAGUUAAGCUCAUUAGAGAGCCUACCCAUACCCGGGCAUUGCCGCGCGGCGGGGACUUGACGCUCGGCGAAUUGCUCAAGUAUAAGUCAGAAGAGGGGGUGCGCGUUUUGCUGUUGAUUUGGGAUGAUAAGACUUCGCACGACAAGUAUUUUAUUAACACGGGAGGGGUGAUGCAGACGCAUGAUGAAGAAACUCGAAAGUUUUUCAAGCAUUCAUCGGUGAACUGCGUGCUGGCCCCGCGUUAUGCUAGCAGUAAGCUUGGCUAUAUAAAACAGCAGGUUGUUGGAACCAUGUUCACACACCAUCAAAAAUGCGUCCUGGUGGACACACAGGCGUGGGGUAAUAACCGAAAAAUAACUGCAUUUAUAGGAGGAAUUGAUCUCUGUGACGGUCGAUAUGAUACACCUGAGCAUCGGCUAUUUCGCGAUCUUGACACUGUUUUUAAGGAUGACUUUCACAAUCCUACAUUUCCUGCUGGAAUGAAAGCUCCGAGACAACCAUGGCAUGACUUGCACUGCCGGAUUGAAGGUCCUGCUGCAUAUGACGUACUGGUAAACUUCGAGCAACGUUGGAGGAAAGCAACAAGAUGGAAAGAAUUCAGUCUAUUUUUCAAAGGAAAAACACACUGGCAUGAUGAUUCCUUAAUUAAGAUAGGUCGUAUCUCUUGGAUACUGAGUCCUACAUCGACUGAUUCGUAUGAUAGCACUACAUCUCUUUCAAAGGAGGACCCUGGUGAGAGUAUGACGGAAUUGCCUAAGGACAAUCCCGAUCUCUAUGUCUCUGAAGAAGAUGAUCCUAAUAACUGGCAUGUUCAGAUUUUCCGGUCUAUUGACUCUGGAUCAGUCAAAGGAUUUCCCACAAAAAGGAAAGAUGUUGCUGAAAAGCAGAAUCUUUUAGUUACAAAAGAUGUAGUAGUAGACAGAAGCAUUCAGACAGCUUACAUUCAGGCAAUCAGAUCUGCUCAACAUUUUAUAUAUAUUGAAAAUCAGUAUUUUCUGGGAUCAUCGUAUGCGUGGCCGUCGUAUAACGAUGCAGGAGCUGAUAACCUUAUUCCAAUGGAAUUGGCCUUGAAGAUUGCUAGCAAAAUUAGAGCUAAUGAGAGAUUUGCUGUAUAUAUUGUCAUACCGAUGUGGCCCGAAGGUGAUCCCAAGUCAGCUACAGUUCAAGAGAUUCUCUUUUGGCAGAACCAGACCAUGCAAAUGAUGUAUCAAGUUAUUGCACGUGAAUUGAAGCAAAUGCAGGUCGAAGAUUCUCAUCCUCAGGACUACCUUAAUUUCUACUGCCUUGGUAAUAGGGAAGACAAUUCUGGUCAACCUUCUCCAGAUAAUGCGGUCUCAGAAUCGUACAAGUCCCAGCGAUUUAUGAUAUAUGUUCAUGCUAAAGGAAUGGUCGUGGAUGAUGAGUAUGUUUUAUUGGGAUCAGCAAAUAUUAACCAAAGAUCAUUGGCUGGUACCAAAGAUACCGAGAUUGCCAUGGGUGCAUAUCAGCCCCAUCACACUUGGGCACGAAAGAAGAGGCAUCCGCGUGGUCAGGUAUACGGAUACAGGAUGUCCCUGUGGGCAGAGCAUCUUGGGGAAGUGGAAGGAUGCUUUAACGAGCCUUGCAGUUUGGAAUGUGUGAAGAAGGUGAGUGAGAUAGCUGAAAAUAACUGGAACAACUUCAGGGCUAAAGGUUCAUUGCAGGGCCACCUUCUCCGGUAUCCCAUACAGGUGGACCAACAUGGGAAUGUUGGGCCAUUACAAGGAUCGGAGGAGUUUCCUGAUGUUGGUGGUAAAGUUGUCGGUGCUCAUUCCAAUACGCUCCCUGAUGUUCUAACAACUUAGGUUCUGUCCUACUCCAUGUCCGUCCAGUCCUAGGAGCUGCAAAGAUGUUUCCUGGGUUGUCGCUUCAUUCUCGAUGUGUACAAGUUGUAUGAUUUCUGUCUAAUUGUUUUUUAGUGGUGCCGGGGUUCAGAUUAUUCUUUCA